GGUGUAUUAUUUUUCGGUAUUCGCGCUAAGUGGGAGCAUCGUGUGUUAUUCGAUUUUUGAGUUAGAUAAACGGGAAAUCGUUGUCAACGAGCGAUGGAGGCCGGUGCGAGUACGGGUACUCGUACGACGCGAUUUAUGAUGGAAGGCGUCGGCGCCCGUGUAAUCCGCGGACCGGAAUGGAAAUGGGGAAAACAGGACGGUGGAGAAGGUCACGUGGGUACUGUCAGAAACUUUGAAUCACCAGAAGAGGUUGUAGUUGUUUGGGAUAAUGGCACUGCAGCUAAUUAUCGAUGUUCUGGAGCCUUUGAUCUGCGUAUAUUAGAUUCUGCUCCAACAGGAGUUAAGCACGAUGGAACAAUGUGCGAUACCUGUCGUCAGCAACCUAUUUUUGGAAUAAGAUGGAAGUGCGCUGAAUGUGGCAACUAUGAUCUUUGUUCCAUUUGUUAUCAUGGAGAUAAACAUCAUUUGCGGCAUAGAUUUUUUCGCAUUGCUACACCAGGAAGUGAAAGAGUUUUGCUAGAACCUCGACGGAAAAGCAAAAAGAUUGCAAUUCGUGGUAUAUUUCCUGGUGCAAGAGUUGUAAGAGGUGUGGAUUGGCAAUGGGAAGAUCAGGAUGGUGGAAAUGGUCGUCGAGGAAAAGUUAAUGAAAUACAAGAUUGGUCUGCAGCUAGUCCACGUUCAGCAGCUUAUGUUAUUUGGGAUAAUGGUGCUAAAAAUUUGUACAGAGUUGGUUUUGAAGGAAUGGCGGAUUUAAAAGUGGUCAAUGAUGCAAAAGGACAAACGGUAUAUAGAGAUCAUUUACCAUUACUUGGUGAGCAAGGUCCAGGUCGAACAGGACCUCAUGGUCUGCAAAUUGGUGACCAGGUUAAUGUUGAUUUGGAAUUGGAAAUUGUACAAUCAUUGCAACAUGGUCAUGGUGGCUGGACAGACGGCAUGUUUGAAUGCCUUGGCACUACAGGAACGGUUGUCGGUAUUGAUGAAGAUCAUGACAUUGUUGUCUCUUAUCCAAGCGGUAAUCGUUGGACUUUCAAUCCUGCUGUACUUACAAAAGUACAAAUACCCGUCCCUGUUACUAGCUCCAGUUCUGACAAUCAAACAUUUGCUGUUGGAGAUCUGGUUCAAAUAUGUCAUGAUAUAGAAAAAAUUAAAUUGCUCCAGCGUGGUCAUGGGGAAUGGGCCGAGGCAAUGGCUCCUACCUUGGGAAAAAUAGGUAGAGUACAGCAAAUAUAUCAUGAUGGAGAUUUGAAAGUGGAAGUCUGUAGCACAUCAUGGACAUACAAUCCCCAAGCUGUCACAAAAGUCGCUAGCAGUGACGGAAGUGUACCAGGAAACAGUAGUGGUGAACGGUUGUCUGCAUUAUUAAAGAAAUUAUUCGAGACACAUGUGUCAGGUGACGUCACCGAAGAAGUGGUAAAAACUGCGGCGAACGGCGAUGUCGCUAAAUGCGAAGAAUGCUUAAAACGGCCGGAAGCCGAUAUUAACGGCGUAUUUGCUGGUCACACCGCUUUGCAAGCAGCAAGUCAAAACGGUCAUUUAGAAGUUAUUAAAAUACUUUUGCGAUACAAAGCGGACGUAGAAAUAGAAGAUAAAGAUGGUGAUAGGGCUGUACAUCAUGCUGCUUUUGGAGACGAGCCAGGAGUUAUGGCACUUCUCGCUGGUGUCGGCGCUGAUCUAAACGCUCGAAAUAAAAGACGUCAAACGGCUCUCCAUAUCGCUGUUAAUAAAGGACAUGCUGGUGUUGUGCGUACUUUAUUGGAAUUGGGAUGUCAUCCGAGUCUACAGGACUCGGAAGGCGACACACCCCUUCACGACGCGAUCUCUAAGAAACGGGAUGACAUGUUGGCUCUGUUGUUAGACCACGCCGCAGACAUCACCCUCACCAACAACAAUGGCUUCAACGCUCUGCACCACGCUGCUCUUCGUGGCAACCCAAGUGCGAUGCGAAUCCUGCUGUCGAAACUGCCGCGGCCCUGGAUCGUCGACGAGAAGAAAGAUGACGGCUAUACGGCGCUUCACUUGGCUGCCCUCAACAAUCAUGUGGAAGUCGCUGAACAACUGGCACGCGCCGGAAAAGCCGAUCUGGACCUACAGAACGUGAACCUGCAGACAGCUCUACAUCUGGCUGUCGAACGACAGCACACGCAGAUUGUCCGGUUAUUGGUUCGCGAAGGUGCAAACCUGAAUGUUGCUGAUAAGGACGGGGAUACACCUUUACACGAAGCUCUUCGACACCAUACGCUGUCACAAUUGCGACAGCUGCAGGACGUACAGGAUGUCGGACGACUAUUGAUGGGCUUAGGCACUCAAGGCCAGGACAAGAAGAGCAGUUCCUUCAUCGCGUGCUUCUUGGCAGCGCAUGGCGCCGACCUGGAAUUGAAAAACAAGAAAGGCCAAACACCCUUAGACCUUUGUCCGGAUCCCAAUCUCUGCAAGACUCUCACUAAUUGUCACAAAGAUAAGGAACACGACAUCGAAAUCGUCACCCCAUCGGCGGCGAUUGACGAGUGCCUCGUGUGCUCUGAUGGCAAACGAGAAAUGCUGUUCACUCCGUGUGGACACGUGGCUUGUUGCAAUGCCUGUGCGCCGAGAGUGAAAAAAUGUCUGCUCUGCCGUGAAAAUGUUCUUUCCAGAAUAAAGAUUGAAGAAUGUGUGGUGUGUUCGGAUCGCAAGGCGGGUAUGUUGUUUCAUCCGUGCGGACACAUGUGCGCCUGCGAGGGCUGCGCGGCCCUGAUGAAGAAGUGCGUGCAAUGCCGGGCCCAGAUACAGCACAUGGUACCGUUCUCGGUUUGUUGCGGCGGUGGAGGUGAUGUCACUUACGUGAAGGGCUGCAACGCCUCAGGAACGAUAUCUGAAGUCAAGGCAGAUCCCGAGGAGGAGCCAACGCCCUCGAACAACACAGUGGCUGGGGAAGCUCUUCUAAUGAACAACGGCAGCCGAGAUACUUCCCACAGCGACAUACAAAAACUACAGCAGCAAUUGCAGGACAUCAAGGAGCAGACUAUGUGUCCGGUUUGCCUGGAUCGUCUGAAAAACAUGAUCUUCCUGUGUGGACACGGCACUUGCCAAAUGUGUGGCGAUCGUAUGUCGGAGUGUCCAAUAUGUCGCAAAGCGGUCGACAAGCGCAUUUUGCUCUACUAAAAAUAAGAUCAUCGGCCACAUUGCGCUGGAAUUUUCCUAGGGCGAUUACGAUACGAUGAGCGAAUUAUAUAAUCUACGACUAUUUGCGACAUUUCAUGAGAGAAAAAGAAACUGGCUAGUUUCUUUUUGAUGGCGUUUAUUUUUGACAAGAUUAUAUUGGGCUGAAUCGAUAGAUCAAUAUUGUUUUAAAGACAUGGCCCAGUUACAUAAAAUUGAAAAACAAUAUACGAGAUAUCUCAGAUUCGCAUAUCUAAACUGAAGGACUGAAUUCAGCAUGUCAAAACAAAAAAUUUUUCUUUGACACUUCAAAUCUCAAAAAUAGCGCUUCCCCAAAUCAAAAUUUAUAAAAAUGAACUAUUGCCAUUUUUACUAAAUUCAGAUAUUAAAGAUAAGAGUAAUUUAAACGAUAAAAAUUACGUUUUAAAAUAUUAUAUAUUUUAUUUAAAAUAUAAAUAUUAUAAAAGUUUCUUGUUUUGACGUACUGAAUUCACUCCUUCAGUUUGGAUAAGCAGAUCUGGACAUCUAUAUAUUGAAAUAAUGAUUUUUGAGCUUAUAAUAGUUUAUAAAUAAAAUAUAAUCCAAUUGAUAGAUGAGCUCGAAAAACAUAUAAUGUAGGCACACUUAUAUUAUUUAAUAUUCAUAUUUCUAGUAAGAAAAAAUCUUGUUGCAUGAUAAAUGAUAUAUUAUGCUGUUAAAAUUAUGUUUCAUAUAAGUAGCCGUAUAGUUAUUCAAACACGAAUGUAACAUAUUUCCAGUAUGUUUUUUACACAGCUUUUUAUUUAUCAUUUAUUAACGUUGUUCUUUUUUGCAUAAAUAAAAAUUAAAAAAAAAUCCAGUAGAUAUAAGACAGUUCUUCCGAAUAUUUAUUAUUAAUACAUAAAACUAAUAUCUUUACAUUUAUCUUGAAUAAUUCCCAUGUAGAGAUUGUUAGAAUUAAUAAAUAAAAAAUAUCAUAUUUGUGACUUAUUUUAUCUUUUGAAAAAAAAAAUAUAAAUCGUAUGAGGAUUAUACACAAUUAAUAUCAUUGUUUAUUAAAAUAUUACAAUUUGCAAAUAUGUGAUAUGUUAUCUGUGUAUUACUUUAAUUAGUAAAGAAAUGUUUUUGGUGCAAUACAAUGGUAGAUCUACACAGGAUAUAAUAAGCUUCUUUUUAAUCUUUUUAACUUAAAAAUUUAUUACUUGUUUUUUUUUAAAUAACAAUUAUAUGAUAAGCGAUAUAAAAUUUAUAGUGAUUAUUGUAUGUAUGGCCUAAGUGUUUUUUAUAUUAAUUAUAUUAGUAAUAGAUAAAUACAUAUUAUAAAUUUAUAAAUCAAACUUUAUUAAGGUUCAACCAAAAAUAUUAGUUUUAGACUUUUGAAAAUGUGGAUUUGCCAUUGGCACAAUGAUACUUUAUUGCACAACUAUCAUUAUGUAUUAAUUAUGAAGUAGUGAUGUGCAUUUAUAUAUUAUUAUAUAUUAAUUAUAGAGGCGUGAUUAUCCAUCCUAUUUUUUCUUUUAUGACAAUUUUAAUUAUGCAUUUCUUGUAUAUAUUUCAUGUAAUGUUCUUAUUUGUUUAAUUAUGCAUCCCUUCCGAAUAAUGAUAGUGAAUAUUUUACUCUAUUUGAUUUCAAAUUUAUGUUCAAUUAUUUGGCGAUAAACUCAGUCUUGAAAAUUGCUUAUAUCGAUACGUAUCAAAUAUAUAAAGUAAACAUAUAUAAAGUAGGAUUAUUCAGACUCGCAUUCCUUGACAGUAUUUUUAUUUUAUUACUGUCUUUCUUGAAUUUUAUUUAGAAAUCAACAUUCAUCGUCACAAUGCGAAUUAUAUGAUAUCAUAAAUAAAAAUAUGACAAUCUAAGUUAUAUCACAAAACUAUGUCCAACAGAACAAAAUAAUAUUGCAUUAUUAAUCGCUCUAAUGUAUUCCACCCAAUAAUAAAAUAAAGGAAUUUUAUAAACUUGC